CUCUCCGUCGUCUUCGGCUUCCUGUCUGUACCUUCCCCCCAAUCCAUGAAAAAGUAAAAAAAUAAUUAUAUAAAAGAAUAACAAAUAUGUCAAUAAUGGAAAAACCCUAACUACCACUUCACACUACUACUACUACUACUACUACUUCUUCUCUUUCGCUCUCACUCACUGAAAAUCCAUAUCAUCAUCAUCAUUAACAUACUGAAUUGCCAUAUCCAGUAGCUCGUUCCUGCGAUCGAUCUCGGUCUCUCACUGCUCAAUGUGAGCCGUUAGAUCUCCGUUUCAGGCAAUGCUAUUUGCCUUUAUGUGAUCAAAACUCCGCUUUCCAUUUGCUGAUCCUGCUCUGCUCUGAUCUCUCGUUGACUUCAUCACCUCAUCUCCAUGUGAAUCUACCUAGCUUACCUUCUACGUUUUCUUCACUGGAUCUCUAUAUUGGUACAAACUGAUACUUGAAUCCGUUAAAAUGGGAGCUUUGGAGUCUGGGUUUCAAGUUUUGCUUUGUUUGGCCCUUCUACUAGUUGCAAAAGCAGAGGUUUACAUAGUGACCAUUGACGGAGAGCCUGUAGUAAGUUACAAAGGUGGCGUUGAUGGUUUUGAAGCCACCGCUGUGGAAUCUGAUGAGAAGAUAGAUACUUCCAGUGACUUGGUCACCUCCUAUGCUCGUCACCUUGAAAUGAAACAUGAUAUGCUUCUUGGCUUGCUCUUUGAGCGUGGCACCUACGAAAAGCUCUAUAGCUAUCGACAUCUUAUAAACGGCUUUUCAGUUCAUGUUUCUCCGGAACAGGCAGAAACCUUAAGACGUACUCCAGGUGUGAAAUCGGUGGAGAGAGACUGGAAGGUACGGAGACUUACAACACACACUCCGCAGUUUUUGGGGCUUCCAACUGGAGUAUGGCCAACAGGAGGUGGCUUUGACAGGGCUGGAGAGGAUAUAGUGAUAGGGUUUGUGGACUCUGGAAUUUACCCACACCAUCCUAGCUUUGCUACCCACCAUACUGAUCCAUAUGGACCUGUUCCAAAGUACAGAGGAAAGUGUGAAAUUGAUCCAGACACUAAGAUGGACUUUUGCAAUGGAAAAGUAAUUGGAGCCCAACAUUUUGCCAAAGCUGCAAAAGCAGCUGGGGCAUUUAACCCUUCAAUUGAUUUUGCAUCUCCCUUGGAUGGCGAUGGACAUGGAAGUCAUACAGCGGCUAUUGCAGCGGGGAAUAAUGGAAUUCCUGUUCGAAUGCACGGUCAUGAAUUUGGAAAAGCAAGUGGGAUGGCUCCACGUGCCAGGAUUGCUGUGUACAAAGCACUUUACAGACUCUUUGGAGGAUUUAUUGCAGAUGUAGUAGCUGCAAUUGAUCAGGCCGUAUAUGAUGGAGUGGAUAUACUCAGCCUUUCAGUAGGGCCAAACAGUCCACCCGCUACAACGAAGACCACUUUUCUAAAUCCUUUUGAUGCUACACUUCUAGCAGCAGUGAAAGCAGGUGUAUUUGUUGCACAAGCAGCUGGAAAUGGAGGCCCUUUUCCAAAAACUUUGGUUUCCUAUAGCCCAUGGAUAGCAUCUGUAGCUGCUGCAGUUGAUGACCGCAGAUACAAAAAUCAUCUGACCCUUGGAAAUGGAAAAAUAUUAACCGGAAUGGGGUUGUCUCCUUCAACACAUCUAAAUCAAACAUAUACAUUGGUUGCUGCAAACGAUGUCUUGCUCGAUUCUUCAGUAAUGAGGUAUAGCCCCUCCGACUGCCAGAGACCGGAAGUUCUGAACAAGAAGUUGAUUGAGGGGAAUAUUCUUCUUUGUGGCUAUUCCUUCAAUUUUGUUGUUGGUACAGCGUCGAUGAAGAAAGUUUCAGAAACAGCAAAGGCUCUUGGUGCAGUUGGCUUUGUUCUUGCUGUGGAAAAUGUUUCUCCUGGGAUGAAGUUUGAUCCUGUUCCUGUUGGCAUUCCUGGAAUUCUUAUCACAGAUGUCAGCAAGUCACUGGAUCUCAUAGACUAUUAUAAUAUCUCUACAUCAAGAGAUUGGACUGGACGAGUAAAAAGCUUCAAAGGUGAAGGGAGGAUUGGAGAUGGUUUGAUGCCAAUACUCCAUAAAUCAGCACCUCAGGUGGCAAUAUACUCGGCUCGGGGGCCGAACAUUAAGGAUUUUGGCUUCCAAGAUGCAGAUCUUCUUAAACCUGAUAUUCUAGCACCUGGUUCUCUUAUAUGGGCUGCAUGGUCUCCAAAUGGAACAGACGAGCCUAACUAUGCCGGAGAGGGAUUUGCCAUGAUAUCUGGAACUAGCAUGGCUGCCCCACAUAUAGCAGGAAUAGCUGCUCUUGUAAAGCAGAAGCAUCCUACCUGGAGCCCUGCUGCCAUUAAAUCAGCAUUGAUGACAACAUCAACCACGAUGGACAGAGGAGGAAGACCUAUUCAAGCACAACAAUAUUCUGAAACCGAAGCCUUGAAGCUAGUCACUGCAACACCUUUUGAUUAUGGGAGUGGUCAUGUUAAUCCACGAGCUGCAUUAGAUCCUGGACUCAUCUUUGAUGCAGGUUACGAAGAUUACUUGGGCUUCUUGUGCACAACGCCUGGAAUUGAUGUUCAUGAGAUAAAGAACUAUACAAACUCACCUUGCAACUACAGCAUGGGCAAACCAUCCAAUCUCAACACCCCAUCCAUCACAGUCUCUCAUCUGGUGAAAACAAGAAUUGUUACACGAACGGUUACAAAUGUCGCCGAGGAAGAAACAUACGUAAUCAAAACAAGAAUGGCUCCAGCCAUUGCCAUUGAAGCCAACCCUCCGGCAAUGACCCUGAGACCUGGUGCCUCGAGGAAAUUCACAGUUACUCUCACAGUUCGAUCUGUGACUGGAACCUACAGUUUUGGUGAGGUUCUAAUGAAAGGCAAUAGGGGUCACCUGGUAAGGAUCCCAGUUGUAGCCAUGGGAUACCAACGAUAGUUUGGCAUAGUUAUCUAAUAUUAAGGGGUUUUGUGAUUGAUAUAUUCUUUAUAAUUUGUGGGAAUAAGAUAAUGAGGCUAGAAUGUAUUUGUCUAAGUAUAUGUAAACUGUAAAGAUGACUGGUAUAAGGGGGAGACUCCUAGUUUCUUCCACUUAAGUUUUGCUAAUUUGUUCAGUGAUUUGGCAUACUCGACCAUAAUGAAGUUCGUUUCUACUCA